UUCAGCACCGAGGAGAGCGACCUGCUCCGGGUGUCCGUCGACAGCCAAUGAGAGGCUGCCCUGCGCGAGUCACAGCGCGAGACUCUCGGAAAGGCAUGAGCUCAGGAGGGUAAUGACGUUACAGGCGUGUCACUCUUCCUUGGGUCCGUCCUGAAACACACCAUCAACCAUUGAGAGUUCCGCAGAAGGAGCAGGAUGUUGUGGUGCAGAGCAAAAAGCUCUGAUAAGCUUGUUCGGGAGUUUCUUGGCACUGGACCCGUAAUCAGAAACAAGAUGAUAAAGAACUGGGGCGUUAUUGGUGGGAUAGCUGCUGCGAUUGCAGCUGGAGUAUACGUUUUGUGGGGUCCAAUCACAGAGCGAAAGAAAAGAAAGAGAGGUAUGGCACCAGGUCUUUUAAACUUGGGGAACACCUGCUUUCUGAACUCGUUACUUCAGGGCUUAGCAGCAUGUCCGUCGUUCAUCAGGUGGCUGGAGAAGUUUGCAGCUCUGCCUUCAAUCCAGUCCUGCAAAGACAACCAGCUAUCCACGACACUGCUCCAGCUUCUCAAAGCUCUAUCCAGUGAUGAGCCAGGUGAGGAUGAUGUUCUUGAUGCUGGAUGUCUCCUGGAUGUCCUCAGACUGUACAGAUGGCACAUCAGCUCAUUUGAAGAGCAGGAUGCACAUGAGCUGUUUCAUGUCCUUACAUCUUCUCUGGAAGAGGAGCGAGAUCGUCAGCCCAAAGUCACAAAUCUGUUUGAUAUGCACUCCCUUGAGAGUCUCCCAGAUCAAGAUGAGAAAACUAUGACAUGCAGAAGUCGAGCUCCCCUUCAUCCAAUACCAAGUCCGUGGAAGUUUCAGCAUCCGUUUCAUGGUCGGUUAACAAGCAACAUGUUCUGCAAGCGCUGCGAGCUACAGAGUCCAGUGCGGUACGACUCGUUUGAUAGUCUUUCCCUGUCCAUUCCUUUACCUCAGUGGGGGCGGCCGAUCUCUCUAGAUCAGUGUCUUCAGCACUUUAUCUCUUCGGAAACCAUCAAAGAAGUGGAGUGUGAAAACUGCACCAAGCUUCAACAAGCAACCACAAUAAAUGGACCAGUUAUAGAAAGCCAAAGGACGACAUUUGUUAAACAGCUAAAACUGGGGAAGCUCCCCCAGUGCCUUUGCAUCCAUUUGCAAAGAUUGACGUGGUCGAGUGAAGGAACCCCCAUCAAACGACAGGAGCAUGUGCAGUUUGCAGAGUAUCUAUCAAUGGACCAUUACAAACACAACACUUCCACACAGAGGAGUCAGCGGCUCAGAUGCACUGCAAAAUCCAUAAAGGCUGAAAGCAGAGACGAUUCAGUAGAAAAACCCUCUGCCAAUGGCACUGAUUCAGAGCAUCAUAACAACAACAAACCUUUUUCUAAUGGAACUUGUUCAUCGGUCCUUCUUCACACUUCUGGUGUGAACCCACAGCUCAGCCUCACAUAUGACUACAGUUCUACAGAGUACCUUUUCCAGCUCACGGCGGUGCUGGUUCACCACGGUGACAUGCACUCAGGACAUUUCGUCACCUACCGCCGCAGCCCCUCAUCUCGCAGCUCUUCACCCUUCAGCUGCCAGUGGCUGUGGGUGUCAGACGAUUCGGUACGCAAAGCCAGCCUGCACGAGGUGCUGUCUUCCAACGCUUACAUGCUCUUUUACGAGAGAGUUCGAAGGCUUGGCCUCUCUCUGCCCUCAGAGCAGUAAUCAAAGGCUCGCAGCAUGAAUGACUUCUGCCUUUCCAGUCAUACUGUCACACUCGAUGUGGCAGGGGACAGCACGGUUACCAACAGGUGGCUUUGUGAGCAUGACACCAGAGAAGAAAGCCAUCCUAGAGUUGUCCUAGGGUGUAGUGUGAUGUGUUGUGGACACCUUGCCUGCUGCUCUGCUCCAGAGGAGGAGCCUUUUAAUCCCAAAGAUAAUAAAACUGCAGGAUUUUUGUGUUAUCUUUUAUCGGUAAGCGACUUUUUCUUUGACAUGUAAUAAUUUAUGUAACACCUCGACUUCUACCAGAUAAAGAAAGAGGAACACCUGACAUUAAACGCUGCAUCGGCCACAACAUUAAAAACCACUGACAAGCAAAA